AUGGCUCAAAUCGCAAGUUCACGCAUUUGCGAUGCGCAGGGCGGCUUGGUUUUCUUCAAAUUUCCGAAUGAAUUGCGCAACUUGAUCUACAAAUACUAUCUUCAGCUUGACGGAGGAUACAAGCUUAAUCCGCACGCCAACAAGCUGCGAACCGGCAACGACAAACCUAUCUCUCUCGAUUUGUUGUACACUUGCAAGUGCGCUGCCUUGGAGAUGCGAGGGUUACCCUUUCAGCAUAAUAUUAUUACCUUCUCCGCGUUUUGUCCUCAGUCGCAACAAUAUCGCUUCAAUGCUGGCCACUUCAGCAACAUGACGCAAAUGGUGGAAUGCGACCUGCAACGGGUCUUUAGCGAAUUUCUUGAUUCCAGCUUUCUUCCCGAUCAAGUUGUCAAAGAAGUUUCGAACGCUUUCCCGUCCUUCGCCCCCCUUUUGGACGUGGUGAAGGAAGAACAACUGCGACAUCUCAACUUUCAUCCUCCUUUUGGCCAGACUCCGUCGACGUUUCGCGAUUUCGUCCGCUUCACUCUCAAUACGAUCAAAUCCCAUCGAUGUCUAUUUGACAACCGCAAGUAUGAGGAGUCAAUCAAUAGGCGUCGGGCCUGUCUUGCGGGUGGACAAUGGAACAUGAAGGGAGGUAUCCCGAUGAGCGAACUCUUCGAGCUCAGGCCCCAGAAUUGGACGAUUCCCACCCAGAACAAUGUCGAUGACAUGAGCAUUCUCUCUGGCGGUCUUGAGACUUGCAGCAUAGAAUGCGAGGACCUGUACGAGAAGCGCGAGCCGCCCGUCGAUCUGACCAGGUUUUGUUACUCGGCAGCUGUCGCCGCUAUACACUUUCUUGAUUCGAUGACUCCAUCCUCUCGAGCCGAUAUUCGUUACAUCAAACUUAUAGAAGAUCGACCGUCACUGUCUUACCCGGAAUGCCACGGUUUAGGGUUGAUCCGGUUCUGCCAAGAGAACCCGCUGUUACGCAUCGAGCGUCGCGUCAGUGUAUGGGACUCUAUCCUUCAGGGCGAUCCCAUUAGUAUGGAACCUUGGGAAGAGGAAUUGCCUCUGAGGGAGAAGAAGACAGACGAGAUUUCUUACUCUAUAGCCACCUGGAUGGUAGAGGCCUUGGCUUUACCUGCAGCUGGUAUGCCUCAAGACGCCUUCAAGUUGAUGUUUGUCGGAGACUCGGAGGGCGACUGGGAGUGUGAGCAAAUAUUCAAAAAGGUCGUCUUGCGAGACGCCGCGUGGCAGGAGGCAAGGGAGGAAUGUUUCGAACGAGGUAUUCUGCCACAGCUGUCUUGGGCAGAGAGAAGAGUUGGCGCAUGGGGUUCAUCCUACUCUGAUCAUGAAUUCACGGGUUCGAAUCCCCUCAGUCGUUGUUUCCUAUUCGAAGACUUUCCGCAGGCGGUGCGUAAACUCCUCAACGGAAGCUCGCUUAUCUCCUGCAACUUCAAUCCAGGUGAAGCGUGGAAUCUCGAGAAGAUCAUUGAAAAACGGCGAUCGUGGUCUUUACGCAAGUGGAACCGCAAAUGGUCGCGGGGGAAACAGUCGUACAGAAGAGGCCUCGGCCCUCACGACGCCUGA